AUGGAUGCCCAAAACGAUGACGAAAUAUUGCGAAGUAAGCACAGUACUGGAGUCAACGUCAGCAAGGCAAACGCGAAGGAAGAAGUAAAAAAGCAAGAAAACGUAAGCGACAACAAUGUAGUACAGCAAGUCGACGAAAGUCCCGACUACGACACAAAGCAAGAUAAUGAAACAAACAAUGACAACAUGUUUAGCGAACAAAUUCUGAGUAAUUACCAUAGCCAAACACCGUUAAGCAAAUACAAUGAUAUGAGUGACAUCGUCAUAGUAAACGAAAAAGACACAAACGAAAAUGAUCAAAGCAACGAUAGUAAGGCCAGGGAUGACAAAGAAAAUAAGUUUUCCAACACAGAAACACCGAAACGUAUCUCGUUACGGAAACUACAACAAAGACUGAUCGAUGCCCAAAACGAUGACGAAAUAUUGCGAAGUAAGCACAGUACUGGAGUCAACGUCAGCAAGGCAAACGCGAAGGAAGAAGUAAAAAAGCAAGAAAACGUAACCGACAAUAAUGUAGUACAGCAAGCCGACGAAAGUCCCGACUACGACACAAAGCAAGAUAAUGAAACAAACAAUGACAACAUGUUUAGCGAACAAAUUCUGAGUAAUUACCAUAGCCAAACACCGUUAAGCAAAUACAAUGAUAUGAGUGACAUCGUCAUAGUAAACGAAAAAGACACAAACGAAAAUGAUCAAAGCAACGAUAGUAAGGCUAGGGAUGGCAAAGAAAAUAAGUUUUCCAACACAGAAACACCGAAACGAGAUAAUACGGAAACUACAACAAGCAACAACAAAAAUAACAUUGGAAAAGCGAAAUCUGAAAAAGAGGAUUUAAUGCUAAGGGAGAUAGAGGUAUUGAAACGAGAACUACAAGCCACAAUGCGCGAAAACGAAAUAUUACAAUUAUUGAUCAACAACAGUGAAGUUCCAACAUCCUGCAAAAGCAUUCCGUUUACACAACUCAAGGAAUUAGUGUCUGAAUUUGAUCCAAUGGGAGGUGACACAGACAUUCAAUCAAUUCACUACAAUCUAAGUACUCAAGCCCGUAUGCAACGUUUUAAAAAUACAACGGAACUACUUGAUGCUUUCAAAAGCAUACAAUUGAAACCAGAUUAUACACACAAGAUGGAUAACAAGCAGAAUAUCGAGCCUUCCGCCAACGCAAAUAGUCGUCAAAUGGUCGUCAAAUGCUUCAACUACUACACCCGCGCGAGCAACCGGGCCCGAGAUGCAGAGCUCGUGGGUACACCAGGGGCGGUCUUGCAAACGCUGUGGUAUGGCGGGGCACGACAACGAAUGCUGCCCAAACCAACAACAACUAUACUGCUGGGAUUCCGGUAG